UUUUCUGCUUGGUUUUAUUUCACGCUAAGAAAAAAAUUUUGCUUGUGUUGUUUAUGUAGUCGCUCCGGGAAGAUGAACGAUUAUUAAAUCUGUCCAAUAUGUCGUAAACAAUCGUGUCACAGGAAGCGGGAUUAUACGGAAAACGGGUGUGAAACAUACGGAGGUCAACGAAGGCUGAGAGUUGCAGCUGCGGCGGUGAGUUGAUGUGGCAGUGGCGAGUUGAUGUGGCAGUGGCUCUCGCACUGAACUUGAACUGUUUUGCAAAUCUGGCAGCUGGCAUCCACAGUGUUGCAUUACUGCCAUCUACAGGUUUACCUUGACCGUGCACCAACAGUUGCAUCAUUCUGUCGUUAAAUGAACAGCUGAUCACACCAAGUGUAAGUGGACGUGAUCAGCAUGUUGCUGCAGAGACUUUCUCUAUGCUCCCGGCUGUCUGUGGGCCCAAAAACCCUCCAGAACUUCACAAGAUCCGUUUCUCUCGGGAAACUGCCAUUGGUGCGUACCCAUGGUAAGUCAUUUCCACACCGUGGUGAUCUGCGACAAGCCAAACGAAUUGUAGUGAAGCUGGGCAGCGCUGUGGUAACUCGGGGCGAUGAAUGUGGACUUGCACUCGGGAGGCUUGCCUCUAUUGUGGAACAGGUGGCCAUGCUUCAGAACCAAGGCAGAGAAAUGAUGAUUGUCACAAGUGGAGCAGUAGCAUUUGGGAAACAGAGACUGAGGCAUGAGAUUCUUCUCUCUCAGAGCGUCAGACAAGCCCUUCAUUCAGGACAGAAUCAGCUUAAAGACAUGACUCUGCCCGUUCUAGAGGCGAGGGCGUGUGCUGCUGCAGGACAGAGUGGACUGAUGGCACUGUAUGAGGCCAUGUUCACUCAGUACAGCACCUGCACAGCACAGAUCUUGGUCACAAACUUGGAUUUCCAUGAUGAACAGAAGAGACGGAAUCUGAACAGCACGCUGCAUGAGCUUCUGCGUAUGAACAUCGUGCCCAUCAUCAACACUAAUGACGCAGUGGUGCCUCCCCCAGAGCCUAACAGUGAUCUGCAGGGGGUAAAUGUCAUCAGCGUCAAGGACAAUGACAGUUUAGCAGCACGGCUUGCGGUGGAGAUGAGAGCAGAUCUCCUCAUUGCUCUCUCUGAUGUAGAAGGUCUUUAUGACAGCCCUCCUGGGUCUGAUAAUGCGAAAUUAAUUGACACUUUCUACCCUGGGGACCAACAGUCUAUAACUUAUGGCACCAAAUCCAGGGUUGGCAUUGGCGGAAUGGAAGCUAAGGUGAAAGCUGCUCUAUGGGCUCUUCAGGGGGGCACAUCUGUAGUCAUCGCAAAUGGCACUCAUCCUAAAGUCACAGGCCAUGUCAUCACAGACAUUGUAGAAGGCAAGAAAGUGGGCACCUUCUUUUCUGAGGUCAAGCCCGCUGGGCCCACAGUGGAGCAGCAGACAGAAAUGGCUCGCACUGCAGGGAGGACACUGGCAUCCCUUCUUCCAGAGCAGAGGAGUGAGAUCAUUUAUGCCAUGGCUGACCUUCUGACUGAGAAAAGAGAUGAAAUUCUGUCGGCUAAUAAGAAGGACAUGGAAGUUGCUGUGAAUUCAGGGCGUAUGCCUCCUGCCAUGCUCAAGCGGCUGAGUUUGUCAACAGCUAAGCUAAGCAGUCUGGCCAUCGGACUACGUCAGCUUGCAGUGUCCUCUCAGGACAGUGUGGGACAAGUACUGCGGAGAACUCGUGUGGCCAACAACCUAGAGCUGGAGCAGAUCACUGUGCCUAUUGGAGUACUACUUGUCAUUUUUGAAUCACGUCCUGACUGUCUGCCUCAGGUGUCUGCAUUAGCUAUUGCUAGUGGGAAUGCUUUGUUGCUGAAAGGUGGAAAGGAAGCAGCUAACACCAACCAUGUCUUACAUGAGCUAGCACAGGAGGCUCUAUCUGUACAUGGUGUCAGAGAUGCUAUCCAACUGGUAAGCACACGUGAGGAGGUAGAGGACUUGUGUCGACUGGAGAAGAUGAUUGAUCUAAUCAUUCCCCGUGGUUCGUCUGAGCUGGUCAGAGAGAUCCAGCGGGGUGCUAAAGGCAUUCCUGUGCUGGGUCACAGUGAAGGCAUCUGCCAUGUCUAUGUUGACCAUGAAGCCAGCAUAGACAAAGUUGUAAAAAUUGUCAGAGACUCGAAAUGUGAUUACCCUGCAGCCUGCAAUGCUAUGGAAACCCUGCUAGUUCAUAGAGAUGUGCUUCGGUCCCCAUUGUUUGAUCAAAUCAUUGACAUGCUGAGAACAGAACAGGUGAAGAUACAUGCUGGCCCUAGGUUUGCAUCAUACCUGACUUUCAGCCCAUCUGAGGUAAAGUCAAUGCGUACGGAGUAUGGAGAUCUGGAGUGCUGCAUAGAGGUGGUAGACAGCAUGUACGAGGCAGUGGAUCACAUUCAUAAAUAUGGCAGCUCCCACACAGAUGUGAUCAUCACUGAGAAUGAGGAGACAGCAGAGCAGUUUCUGCAGUUGGUGGAUAGUGCCUGUGUGUUCUGGAAUGCUAGUUCACGGUUUGCUGAUGGAUAUCGCUUUGGUCUUGGUGCAGAGGUUGGUAUCAGCACUGCUCGUAUCCAUGCUCGUGGACCCGUAGGCCUGGAAGGGCUUCUGACCACCAAGUGGGUUCUGCGAGGAGAUGGCCACACAGCUGCAGACUUUUCUGAGCAAGGCAGUAUGAAGUUCCUGCAUGAGAGCCUGCCUGUUGCACAGCCCCAAACUGUACACAGAACCUCCAACUAGAGCUAGUCAUAAUACGGAAAGCAUUAAAAGCACGAAGGCAUUUAGUAAUUGGCAUGCACAUUUCCUCUAGCUACAGCUGGGUAACAAAUUAAAGGAAAUCCGAUGCCAUGGUUUUGCUGGCAAGUUCUUCUGAAUGAUCGCCUUUGAUCAUAUAAUGAAACAUGUCUAUCUUGAUGGGAGUGGUCUCUUCCAGAAUGACAGUGUCCCCAUUCACAGGGCCUGAGGGCUCAUUUGAAUUGCUUGAGUAUGAACCUGAUGAUGUAAGUUGUAUGUUUUGGACCAACAUGUUGGGCAGCCUGCUCCACCAUUGGUUAAGGUAAUAUCUUUAGGAAGGAUGGUGUUCCUCCCUCUCGUACAGUCCAUAGACUUGUAGAAUCCUUGCCAAAGUACAUUUGAAACUGUUCUGGUGGCUCAUAGCAGCUUUAACACCUUAAGAUGUGUCGUCCCCCCGCCCCCCAAAUUAGUGUGUCUCUUGUCUGUAGCUUGGCCUCCUUUCUGAGACAUACAUAUGUGGUUCUAUACAAUUUUGGAGUUAUAAAAUAAGUAUAUUGUUGAGCAAAAUCAAAAACUUAUGCCCAUAAUAGUCUUGUCCAUUAAAAUUUGCAUGUUUUCAAAGAGUAGCAACCUGUGAAUCUCUGAAUUUCAGGCACAGCACAGUGACUGUGGCUAUUGUGCACAGUAAUGUAAUUUUGAGGACCAGCUGUCCUGUAAUGCUUUUGCUUUGUGUUUAAAUCCAAAAUGAUUUUAUACUGUAAAUCUAUAAACUGAACAAGUGCAUCACCAUGUUGAGUUACUGUUUCGGAUUAGAAUGAUUGGACACAUUCUAAAAGAUGUGGUACUUUUUAAAACUAAUUGCAUAUUAUUUCAUAUGACAAUGAUUGUGUUUAUUUUGGAGUUUUGUUAUCCUUCUGGUUUUCAACUUCUUACGGCUGAUUUGGUUAAAAAAAGAAUCACGUUAAUAAAAAAAAAAAAUAACUUGGCAGUGACCAGUGUGCUUUUAAAACAAACAUGACAGAUUAAAACUCAAAAAGGAAAGUAAAGAGACUUUGUAGCCA